UUGUUGUGGCGCGUGGUGCUUCCUGCAGGACCGCAUGGCUGUAAGAUGAGGUAAACGUUAAACUACACGUUAAAUUAGAAGUUAUAUACAGGCGCGAGGAGCGCGCAGAAGAGCACCGCUGGACUGGAAGUGAUGAAGUCUGAGGGGGUCUCUGAGGGUUCCUGCACUGCAGUGAAGCGAGUUUGCCUCAGGAGAUCCAGUGAAAACAGCACUGUGGAGGACCGGGCUGCAGGGGGCACCAGCGUACAAGUGUCAGUGAUUGUACCGGUGUAUAAUGGAUCUGAUUGGCUGGAUCAGUGUCUGCAGGCGGUGGUGGAUCAGGACUAUCAGGGCAGUAUGGAGCUCUCGGUGUAUGAUGACUCCAGUACGGAUAACUCCAGAGUGAUUGUUGAAGGAUGGAGGGAUAAACUGGAGGAAAGAGGAAUUUCUCUGGUCAUUUCAGGCCAUAAAUCAGAAAAGCCUAAAGGAGUGGGUUUUGCUAAGAAUCAGGCUGUAUCUCAGAGCUGUGGACAGUACCUGUGCUUUCAGGAUGCGGAUGAUGUCAUGAUGCCGCAGAGGGUCAGGCUGCAGUAUGAGAGGACUGUCUGUAACCCCACCGCUAUUGUUGGUUGCCAGGUACGGCGUGAUCCUGAAGGUUCUACAGAGCGAUACACGCGGUGGAUCAACUCACUCAGUCCAGAGCAACUCUAUACACAGGUGUUCACCUCACAUGGUCCAACAGUGGUGAUGCCGACCUGGUUCUGCUCUCGUGAUUGGUUCCUUAAAGUGGGUCCGUUUGACGAGGGCGGCAAGGGAGUUCCGGAGGAUCUGCUGUGGUUCUAUCGUUCUCUCAGGCUGGGCGGUUCUGUACUCAGAGUGGACGAGUGUCUGCUGAUCUAUCGUUACCACCAACAUGCUGCUACACACUCAGUACUGGAGGAGACGAUCUGGACCCUUCGGGUGAACUUCCUGCAGGAACGAGUGCUCGACCAAUGGGAUUCCUUCACCAUAUGGAAUGCUGGGAAACAGGGGCGGAAGCUCUACCGGAGCCUGAGUCUGACCAAUCAGAAGAAGGUCAAGGCAUUUUGUGAUGUAGAUGAGAAGAAAAUCAAGAAGGGCUUCUAUACAUACGAGGAUUCAAAGGAGCGGCCGAAGCCUAAGAUUCCUGUUCUCCGUGUUAAAGACGCGUCUCCUCCCUUUAUAGUGUGUGUUAAACUGGAUAUGACUGCUGGAGUGUUGGAGGAGAGUUUAGCGAGUCUGAAGCUGAAGGAGGGAGAGGACUUCUAUCACUUUAACUGAAGCUGUGGAUGGAGAGAUCAGCAGCAGAGAGAGAGAACGAGUGGAGGAGAGGAGGGUGGGAACGAGUGAUAAAGAAGAGAGAGAGAGAGAGAGACUGGUGGGAACUCUCACUCAGACAGUCUGAGAAAACUGUCACAUCUAUUUAGCACCUACCCUCCAACACACACACACACAAACACACACACACACUCACACACACUCUCUCUCACACACACACUCUUACACACACACACACACACACUCUUACACACACACACUGCUUUGUUUACAUUCCUGUAGCUACUACAGCUGUAAAUCUCUGACCUCAUGAUUCAGUGAAUCCUGAACACACACAUUUAAUUUAAUGAUUCUGUAGGAAAUGAUUCAGUGAAUCUGAAUAGAAUCUGAAUCUGAAAUGAUUCAGUUAUUUAAUGAUUCUGUAGAAAAUGAUUCAAUGAACCCUGAAUUAAAUCUGAAAUGAUUCAGUUAUUUAAUGAUUCUGUAGGAAAUGAUUCAAUGAAUCCUGAAUUAAAUCUGAAAUGAUUCAGUUAUUUAAUGAUUCUGUAGGAAAUGAGUCAAUGAAUCCUGAAUUAAAUCUGAAAUGAUUCAGUUAUUUAAUGAUUCUGUAGGAAAUGAUUCAGUGAAUCUUGAAUCAAAUCUGAAAUUAUUCAGUUAUUUAAUCAUUCUGUAGGGAAUGAUUCAGUGAAUUUUGAAUCAAAUCUGAAAAAGAUUAAGUUAUUUAAUGAUUCUGUAGGAAAUGAUUCAGUGAAUCUGAAUAGAAUCUGGAUCUGAAUGAUUGUUAUUUAAUGAUUCUGCAGAAAAUGAUUCAGUGAAUCUUGAAUCAAAUCUGAAAUGAUUUAGUUAUUUAAUAAUUCUGUAGGAAAUGAUUCAGUGAAUCCUGAAUCAAGUCACAGUGUCUGCAAGUCACAGAUGUUCAUUUAGUUCCCUACAGUUCAGUGAUUCUUCAUUAAAUGAUUCAGUGAGCUUUGGAAAUACAGAUUUCUCCUAUGGUUCAAUUCAAUUCACUGAAUCUUUGUGGAAUUUGGAUUCAUACUCUUUUAAAACUGUUCAUUUUAUUGAUUCUUUAGAAAACGAUUCUUUAAAUUCACAAGUCACUGAUUUCCUUAAAGUUCCAUACAGUUCAGUUCAGUUCAGUGAUUCUUUAUGAAAUGAUUCAGUGAGGCUUGGAGACACGGAUUUCUCCUAUAGUUAAUUUCAAUUUAAAGAUUCAUUAGCAAAUGAAAAAUGAAAUCCUGUUCUGUUCAGUUCAGUUCAGUGAUUCUUCUUUUUUUUUUAAAAAUGAUUCAGUGAAUUCUGAUUACAAGUUUUAAACAUUAAUAUUAUAUUUUAAAAUAUAUUGUAUUGUUUUAAUAUUGAACAUUUUAAAAAGUGAGCAUUUUUAAAAGUUUGGCACUGAGAUUGCUUUGUGAUAAAUGAACGUGUGUGUGUGUGUGUGUGUGUGUGUGUGUGUGUGUGUGCAUAGUAAUUUAAGUGUUUAGAAAUGUGUUUAAAUUGUAAAUUGAGUUGUGUCUAUGUGUGUGUGUGUGUGUGUGUGCGUGCGUGCGCUAAACCACUCUGAUAAGGGCUGCUCUCUGAUUGGUCCGAGUGCAUUUUUAUCUUUACACACACACUCAUUCAUCUCCCUUUAUCUAUAGAGUGUGUGUGUGUGCAUUUCCUGGGGUCAGGGUCGUGUGUGUGUGUGUGUGUAUAUAUACCUAUAUAGAACCAGUGUAACUACAGUGGAAGUAUUUCUGGUGCUGUUAUUCAGUUAAUAAAGUUCUGUACAGAA